CCCAAUAUAUCACGAAGAAAGCCAGUCAGCAAAACGCAACAUGUAUCGCAAGAGCGUCGCGUAACACCGAAGCACUUUCUUCAAUGAGCCGUCCGUAUGGACCUCACGUCCUGAGUUACGCAUCGCUCGAUAUAAAACGCGCUGGUGCCCGGGACUACCCACACUCGACCUCGAGGACUCUGCUCACUACCCCACACAAGCAGACAUGGACACCAAGAUUGUAGUAUUCAUCUGUAUGGUCGGCGCAGCCUGCGCUAGCGUGGUGCCAGUGGCCCCGGUAGCGCGGUUAGACCCCUACCCCCAGUACGCCUACGGGUACGACGUGCAGGACGCGCUCACAGGCGACUACAAAGGCCACCAGGAACAAAGGAACGGGGACCUAGUCACCGGCUCGUAUACCGUCGUCGACCCCGAUGGCACCCGCAGGAUCGUCGACUACGCAGCUGAUCCCCUCAACGGCUUCAACGCGGUCGUCCGCCGCGAGCCGCUCGUCGUCGCCGCCCCCGCCAGGGUGGUAGCGCCCGCCCCUGUUGUCGCACCCGCCCCAGUAGUGGCACCCGCCCCCCUCGCCCCCGCACCCCUGAUCGCCCCAGGCCCCUUCCUCCCCCGUGCACACUUCCACGCGCCCGCCCCAGCACAAUUUUUCGCCCCCAGGCUACCUAGUCCUUACUACUUCUAG